GCGUCUCAAUGCGUGCAUGAACGUUUGUGAGCGAGUGACAUGCCGGCUAUAACUCGUAUAAUUAGCGGCAGCAAACCGGCUGUAAGGCAUUAAUAUCUGAAUCGCACUUUAGCCAGGUUGUUGUUACCAAACAUAAACAAUUCGCUAGUCAAACUGAACGUGUGCGCGCCGACGGUAGUGUUCUGAAAAAGCUAGAGCAAAGUACGCUUAACGCCAAAAUGCAAAAACAACAAUUGAUUUAUGUUUAUUUGUCACUAAUUGUUUUGGUUUCGCCCAAAAUGGCGGCAAGUCAGGUUGUUAAUGUGGGCUUGUGUCCAACUGGCAUUCAAACUGUGCGAAAAUUUGAUGUGGAUGCGUACUUGGGCACAUGGUAUGAAUACGCCAAGUAUCCUUUCAUUUUCGAAGCCGACGGUAGAUGUAUUCAAGCUGACUAUGGUGUCAUUAACAGUAAAUCGAUUUCUGUGCUGAAUACCCAACUAUCCAUAUUCAAUGUUAAAUCAGCUAUUGAUGGCGUUGCCGAUAUUGUUGGUCCGGGAAAACUCGCGCUACGCUUCAAUGGUAUUGCCGCUCUUGCUGGUACCGCCGACUAUUGGGUGUUAGGUACCGAUUAUGAGAAUUAUGCCGUCGUCUAUAGCUGCAAGAAUCUAAUUGUCGCAAAUGCACAAACCGCUUGGAUCCUCACACGUGAACGCAAUCCCACUGAAGAUGUUGUAAGAGCAGCCAAGCGUGUACUUGUAGCACAAGGCGUAUCUUUGGAUCCGUUAAUUGUGACCGAUCAAUCAAAUUGUUGAAGCGAUCUGAAUGAAAAUCUAAACUCUGCACAAGAAUGUAAAUAUUAAUAAUAUAAUUAAUUAAUAUAAAAAAAUAAAGCACUACAAAUACCUGCAUGAAAAAAAAGC